AUGUCGUGUGAGAGGGGCAACGAGGUGCCUCCGCUCGAAGAAGAGCUGGAAAGCGCGGCGCAACUGCGCGAGCGCUGGCGGAGCGUCUACGUCAUUUACUUUACCAUGUUCCAGAUGUCACUAGGCUUUAGCAUCGUUCUCACUGGCGUCUGGCCCUACUUGGACAAGCUGGAGGGUGGCAGCAGCAGCAAAGAGGCACUCGGGCUAGCUGUGGGCGCAAGUCCGCUGGGGCAGCUGAUAGCAUCGCCCUUAUUGGGCUUAUGGGCGAAUCGCAGUGGAGGCGCGCGUGCGCCCAUUCUCACGUCGCUUAUCGUGUUUGUGCUGGCUUCGCUGCUUUACGCAAACCUACACAUGGCACGCCCGCACGCUCACCGCGCAAUGCUCGUCGCUCGCACACUCGUGGGAGUCAGCUCAGCUAAUGUGGCAGUGGCUCGGUCGUACUUAUCGGCGGCGACGCGUGAGAGUGAGCGUACACGUGCGGUGGCCGGCCUAUCGCUGGCGCAGGUGCUUGGCUUCGUGGUGGGGCCGGCGCUGCAGGCUGCCGCGGCGCCGCUCGGGCCCGGCGAGGCCUAUGCCGAAUCCGAACUUGCACCGCGCCUAGAUAUGUACACCGCGCCGGGUUGGAUCAACGCUCUACUAGGGACGAUCAAUGUUGUUCUUUUCCUCCCCUUCUGCUUCAAAGAACGGAAAAUCGCCGCCAGGGAAGCUAUGAUCGCCCAGGGCAAAGAUACGGAGAAAGAAGCGCUGAAGGCUCUGAAGCCAGACCUGGUGAGCAGCUGGACGUUGGUAGCGGCGUUCUUCGUGCUGGUGUUCAACUUCGUGCUUUUGGAAACUUUGGCUACGUCGCUGACUAUGGACCAGUUCGGAUGGAGCAAACGGCAGGCGCUAGAGUACAUGGGUGCUCUCAUGAGUGCUGGUGCGUUACUGGCUUGCGUCGUGUUCGCGCUCAUCACGCCACUCACAAGGUUCUUCGAGGAAAGAGCUCUGUUGCUCUGGGGCGGUUUCCUGCUGACGGGGCUAGCGUCGAUGCUGUGCAUUCCGUGGGGUCCCUCCGGGCCGCCGCUCGCUCCGCCCGAAGCCCGAGAGGCGGGCGGCGGUUGCCCGGCGCGGACGCAACCCUGGUGCGUCACGACGAGAGGCCUAACGCUUCCGCAGUUUUUCCUCGGCUAUACCUGCGUCUCCAUCGGUUACCCUCUGGGCGUCACCCUCAUACAGACCAUAUUUUCGAAGGUUCUGGGUCCACGGCCGCAGGGCGUGUGGAUGGGCGUGCUGACGGGCGCGGGUUGCGUAGCGCGCGCCCUAGGGCCCGUGUUCGUGGCGACAGUGUACGCGCGGCGAGGGCCCGACGCCACCUUCGGCGCCACGGCCGCCUUCACCUUCUGCGCGCUCAUCGCGCUGCGCCUCGUGUACGCGCGCCUCUCGCCGCGCGGCGCCGCUGCGCCUCCCGUCGCCCUCGAGUUGCGGCCACUCAACUGCGACAAGGCAACCGCCCCGACCGCCAAUGCAGAACAUUGA